UGAAAAACCGCAACUGUCAGUCUGUCACAGUUUCCCCUCACAAGCGGAAGCGCAGGGAUAUCCGAUAACCCCUUGCUCACCGUGCGCCCACCCUCCUUCCAUGGCUCUCGCCGCUGCCGCCGCCGCGGUCACCUCCAUCCACCCCUUCCUCUCCCGCCCCACCCGCGUCCUCCGCCUCCCACCUCUCCUCCUCCGCGCCUCUUCCUCCACCUCCACCUCAGACUUCAACAUCACCUUCGCGGAGCCCGCGCCGUCGAAGAAGGCCUCGGGUCCCGGCCCGUCCGCGCAGCCGCUGGUGCCGUGGAUCGCCCGCGGCGCGGACGGAAAGCCCUGCCUCCACACCACGCCGCCGCCGGACGUCCUCCAGGCCGUUGCCGCGGCGGAGGCGGAGGCCAAGAGGGCCAAGAGGGACGCCAGCAGGAGCCAGAAGGGCGCCGGCGCGGUUACUGAUGCCCCCGUCGCCAGUGUCAAGGCAAAGGAGAAGAAGGCCGCCCCCACCGGGCCGCCCAAGUUCUCCAAGGCGGCCAGGAGGUUCUACAAUGAGAAUAUCAGGGAGCACGAGCCGCAGCGUCUCGCCAAGGUCCUUGCCGCUGCAGGAGUGGCCUCAAGAAGGACCAGCGAGGAGCUCAUCUUCCAAGGGAAGGUGACCGUCAAUGGUUCUGUCUGCACUUCUCCCCAGACCAAAGUUGACAUCUCAAAAGACUCUAUCUAUGUUAACGGCAACCGCAUUUCCAAGAAGCUGCCUCCAAAGCUGUAUUUUGCUGUGAACAAGCCAAAAGGGUAUAUUUGCUCAUCCGGUGAAGAAUCAAAGUCUGUUAUCUCCUUAUUAGAUGACUAUUUGAAAGGAUGGAACAAAAUUCAGCCAGGAAUACCAAAACCACGCUUGUUUACUGUGGGUCGUCUUGAUGUUGCCACAACUGGUUUGAUCAUAGUUACAAAUGAUGGCGAGUUUGCCCAGAAAGUCGCUCACCCUUCUUCAAAUAUAACAAAGGAAUAUGUAGUUACUAUAGAUGGGGCAGUGCACAAGAAACACCUCGUAGCUAUCAGCGAAGGCACAAAAGUUGACGGAGUCAAGGUCGUACCUGAUUUAGUGGAGCCAUUAGAUGCGCAGCCUGAUGCAAAAAGGACCCGACUUAGAAUAGUGGUUCAUGAAGGAAGGAACCAUGAAGUCCGUGAACUUGUGCAGAAUGCAGGACUAAAGGUAUACGCACUGAAGCGCGUUCGAAUAGGCAGAUUCCGGCUUCCAGCAGAUCUGGGAAUUGGGAAGAUGGUUGAACUUAAAGAAGCCGACAUCAAGUCACUUGAAGGAAACACCUAGAACGAACACCUGAGUUCAGGGACACUGUUUUCAACACUGAUGCGGAUAAGCACAUCACUUUCGAAAGAUGAAUACGUUCCUUCUGAGGUGUCAAGGCGAGAGCUACUCCUAGCGUGAAAGCCUGUGAUUCAUCUAGCCUAAACGGCCCUGAUGCUGAAGUAGUCAAGUUCAACAAACAUGUUUUCGCUUCGAAGAACACACGAGAUGCUUCCGCCAAGAACUCCCAGGAUCCUACAAAGGCAGCAUUGGAUGAUGGGGGUGGGGCUACUUAUUUUCAGCUACCAGAGUCAGCGAUAGCGGCUACCCUUGUGUAAAUCCUGACGAUUCACCUGUGGAAAUGUAAAAGCUCUUAACCGAGUCAUGAACUAUUUCUUUCAGCAAUUUCUUGUUAUUGCAGAUGUUA